AUGCCGUCGACACAUAAGAAAGAUAAACCGUGGGACACGGACGACAUAGACAAGUGGAAGGUCGACGAAUUCAAACCUGAGCACAAUGCCGGUGGCACUUUUGCAGAAGAGUCAUCCUUCGCGUGCUUGUUUCCCAAAUACCGCGAGCGCUAUCUGAGAGAGGCGUGGCCUUUGAUCACGAAGGCGCUGGAGAAGAGGGGCAUCGCAUGCACACUCGAUUUGGUCGAAGGCCGCAUGGAAGUUCGGACAACCAGGAAAACAUUCGAUCCUGCCUCGAUCCUAGAUGCUAGGGACCUCAUCAAACUACUCGCUCGCAGUGUGCCUGCUCCACAGGCCAUCAAAAUACUGCAGGAUGAUGUGGCGUGCGACGUGAUCAAGAUCAGAAGUCUGGUUCGCAACAAGGAGCGAUUCGUCAAGCGUCGUCAACGACUUCUCGGCCCCAACGGCUCAACCCUCAAGGCCCUCGAACUCCUCACAAAUACCUAUAUUCUGGUGCAAGGAAACACCGUGAGCGCCAUGGGUGGCUACAAGGGCUUAAAAGAGGUCAGAAGAGUGGUGGAGGACUGUAUGGCCAACAUCCACCCCAUCUACCACGUCAAAGAACUUAUGAUCAAGCGUGAGCUGGCAAAGGAUCCCGCGUUGAAAAACGAAAGCUGGGACCGAUUUCUGCCCAAUUUUAAGAAGAAGACUCUCAGCAAGAGACGUGAACCACUCAAAGUCACAGACAAGUCUAAGAAGGUCUAUACGCCCUUCCCACCACCACAGGAGAAGAGCAAAAUCGACCUUCAGAUUGAGAGUGGCGAGUACUUCCUCGCCAAGCACGCCAAAGAGAGGGCUCGUGAGGAGGAGCGUCGGGAAAAGCAAAAACAGAAGAAAGAUGAGAAGCAGCGACAGCGAGAACAAGCGUUUGUCGCUCCGAAAGAGAGCACAAUCGACCGGCCGAAGAAGAAGAGGGAGCAUACGGACGAGGGCGGGGUGGAGAAGUUAAAAACUAAGAAGUCCAAGAAGACGGCAGGGUAA